AUGAAGUCGUACGUGCUUCUCUUGGCCCUGCUGCAGUCUCUGCGAUGCUCAGGAAUCCCACUGUACAACUCUGAGCUGGAGUCUAUGGCAAACAGGGGUCUCGGAGCAGCUCUGGCACAGGUCAACUCUGUGUAUGCCGUCGGCCAUCUUUACCGGGUAACUAGAGGCUCUGUCACAAAGGUUGUUCCCGUGGGCCUGAACACCGCUGACCUGCACAUGACAUUUGGCAUUAAAGAGACGGAGUGUGUGAAGGCUUCCAGAAACGACCCCCAGACGUGUGCCUUCAGACCCGGCUUCUUUGUGCCAUCCUUCUCCUGCUCCAGUCGGGUUCGAAUGUCAGCCACCUCCACCCAGGUGGUGUCUCUCAGAUGCGGCCGCGACUCCUCCAGCUCCAGCUCCAGCUCCAGCUCAGAGUCCAGUGAGGUGAUGUUCCCAAGAGGGAAACGCCAGUUCAACGUCCCAUUUGUAAAUCGAGUCCCGGCUCCUUCUGCACCUUCUGCACCUUCUGCAACUCCUCCACCCGUCCAGCCUAGUCGCUCUCUCCACUUUCAGAGGAUGGACAUCCAGCUCAGAGGCGACACUUUCACCAACUACCUGGUGUGAAAGUUCAGCUCAUUCUGGAAACAUUUAGGUGCUGAUCAACUUGAAUUAAAAAGUGAAUUUUCA